AUGGACGGGUAUGAUGCAUUUGAGAGCAGCCAAGCAUCAUCAGCUAUGAGGACCACAACAACAACUUCAGGACACAAGAGGUGGACACCAUCUGAAAGUCGUUAUUUCAUACGUUUCAUGGCUAGCCAAGUUGAAGAAGGAUUGAAAGUAGAUAAGGGAUUCAAACCACAAGCAAUUCAUGCCGCUAUUCGAGCCAUGAAACAAGCAUUUGGUGUGGUAGUUACAGAAGCUAAUGUGAGCAACCAUCUCAAGACAAUACGGAGAAGGUGGGCAAGGAUAAAAAGAUUGAAAGAAAUGAGUGGCAUGGGUUGGGAUAACAACCUUAAAAUGAUUGUAAUGGGCGAGGCAGAGUACAGAGACUAUGUUCAGAUUCACCCUCAAGAUGAGCCAUACUUGAACAAAACAAUUGAAGAUCAUGAUCUUUUGGAGGCCAUAUGUGGUAAUGACCAAGCCACAGGUCGUUAUGCUGUUCAAUUUGGAAAUACUAUUGGCACACAGAUGGACUACAACACCGAGCCGAGCGAGUUCUCCCCUCUUGAACAAUACAAUGAAUUUUUCUUUUGGGGAGACAAGUGCACAUGGUAA